CCACACCUCUCCUCUCUCAAGAACCACCGCACUCUCUCUAGCAGGCCUCUGUUUUGUACUUGAAGUUUGAAACAGGAGCGAAAAGGUAGAUAGUCACUCAGCUUCUCGAGAGAUCGCCAAAGACGCGGCGCCGGCAGCAAGUUCUGCGGCGAUGGGGCACAAGUACACGCCGACGUACUACUCGGGCCUGCAGGACACCAUCGCGUCGCUCUGCAAGUCCAUCCUGCCCUCCUUCCGCGUGGGCCGGCGGCUCACCUCCGACCAGGCCGCGGCGCGGCGCCACGCCGAGCAGCUCAAGUGGCAGCAGGAGUCCUUCCACCGCAUCCUCCACCUUGCCGCGCUCCACCGCGAGGGCAUCGUCCCGGCCCACGACGUCGCCGCCUUCCGCGGCACCAUGCUCGCGGCGCUCGUCGCGCCGCCGCCGCAGCACCCCGAGCAGCCCGCGGUGCUCCGGGACAAGCUCCUCUUCCUCCAGGAGCUACUCUACGCCAAGUGCGUCUCCGCGGCGGAGUACAACGCGUCCAAGGCGCCCCUCGUGCGGCGGCUCGCCGCGUUCGGCGGCGGCGUCGUCGAGUGCCCCGAUGCCGAGGCCUCGGCCGAGGAGUGGUCGGAGAUCGACCUCCGUGACCCGCCUCCUCCCGCCGGCGCGGCGUCCUCCGACAAACCGAAGCACAAGGCCUUCAUCACGCCGUGGGAGAGCAGAUCCAGGAAGGAUCAGGACGCGAACCGCAGCGCAUCAAGGCCGCCGCUGGCCCCGGUGGAUCAUAACAACGCCAACAACGCGUCGGUCCUCAUGCCCGAGUAUUCUCCGUCGGAAGCGGUGCCCUGCAGGAAGGCGGAGAAGGGGAGGAGGAGGCAUCUGGCGGGGAUGUUCCACAGUGGCGGCAAUGGCACCGAGAACAAGGAGCCUGCGGGGGAGGAAGGGGGGGUCGACGAGAAAGCGACGGUGAAAUGUAAGAAGAAAAGCUCGUGGGGAUUCGAUGGCAUCAAGAAGUGGAAGAAAGCUGGCGCCUGUAAUAACAAUGGCGAGGCGGCAGCCACCGGUGAGCAGCCGCAGCGUACUCCUCCGCGCUCAUCGUACAGCGAGUGCCAAUUGGAGGCGAGCCCCAUGGCUGCAUCUGGCCCGGAUGCCAAGAGGGCCAAGACGAGGCUGCACUCCAGCACGGAUGAUGACUGCUUCUGAGCUGCUGCGUGAUAAGGAAUCAGCAGAUCGAGGCCAUCUCAACAAAGCUUCAGGUGGACAAGUCUGACCUCAAGCCCUUCUUGCCAAAGUAGAUCACUGGAUCAUCCAUCAUUCAGAUUAGGCGCAUGAUUUCUCAUAAACGAGAUAGUGACACUUUUUAUGCUUUUGUUACUGGUAUAAUGGUAUUGUUGUACUUAGGUUCAAUUGUUACAUUGGACCAGGAGUUGCUGUUUAUGGCGUCAUUUGUAUGAUUGGAGCCUACUUCCCAUUGAUUCCUUGAAUGCACAUCAGCUUUUCUCUCCCCC